UAUUCGCGCGAUCAGCUGAUUCCUUUGAUCUCGCGAGCGUCAGCGCUCGACGUAGCUGCGUUUAUAAUUUUAUGCGGUUUACGUAAUGCGUGUAUGAAUGUGAUUUCGGCGAUCAUUCCGCGAUUCAGAUCGCACGAUUGUAUUAUAGUCACGUGAUUGCGUCGUCGCUCGCGCAGACCGUGAUAAAAGUUGUGAUAAAAGUUAACACUCGUUUGUGUGCUAUUCGCGAAUAAUGUUGUUAUGCGCUGUACUAUGAAGACAAUAUUGUUCAUUAUUGGAACGCUGUUAACCUGUGCACUAGCAUUAGAAGAAGAAUUGUUGCACUACGUUAGUGAUGAUGUGCCUGGUGGCUCCUAUAAAUAUUAUAGUUUAACCUACGAUGGUUACAUUAAGAUACGGUUAACGUCAAUAACAGGUGAUGCAGAUUUAUACGCAUCGCAGACUACAACCAAGCCGACAUAUGAGCCAGAUCACUAUUGCCUGCAAUCCACAACUUGUGGCGAAGAUAUUAUUUUCAUACCCAAGAGUUUUAAGCGACCUGUAAGCAUCGGCGUUUAUGGCCAUCCAUCACAUGAGAUUAGUAAAUAUACUCUGUCAGUAUUUGAGGUGACAGUUGAGGACGACAAUUUUCCUUAUCACCAAACAUCAAGAUCAAAAUUAUCGGCGAUAAUGUUGGAAUACGAAAAUCAAAUCUUUCUCGACAUCCUCCAUGAGGAUGGACUGGUUAUUACAGCCAAGGGUCUUGGUAUAGAAAUUGUCUUUGGAAAUGUACUGAAGGCUUAUUCAGACCCGGGCAAUCUGGUCAUUGUCCUGGGGACCACUGAUUAUGAUGAGCGUUACUUCAUUGACCUACUCAAGAGUUACGGAACGAACAUGUUACCACGCGUGGUCAAUGCUGAGUGUCCUUCCAACGAGAGGGAAGUGAUGUACCUGGAAGGUGGAGUACUGUUCAUAUCGGGCCGCAUCUUGGUGGUGGAUCUGUUGAAGAAUCGAGUACCACUGCACCUAGUCACCGGUGUGCUCGUGUACAGAGCUCACAACAUCCUGAACGCGUAUCAAGAAGCGUUCGCGCUGCGUCUGUACAGGCAGAGCAACAAGACUGGAUUCAUCAAGGCGUUCACGAACUCGUCGCUGGCUUUCACAGUCGGGUUUUCGCGGGUGGAGCGAGUCAUGAAGGCGCUGUUCGUGAAGAAGUUGUACCUGUGGCCGCGCUUCCACUCGAUCGUCAACAGCUGUCUGUCCAAGCACAUGCCCGAAGUAAUAGAGCUGCAUGUGAAGAUCACGCCGAAGAUGGAGAACAUCCAGACCGCUUUGCUCGACAUCAUGAAUUACAUCGUGAAGGAGCUGAAGCGACUUAAUAAGUACCUGGAUCUGGACGAAUUGACCGUGGAGAACGCGAUUGCGAAGAAGUUUCACAAGCAGUUGCACUUGCAACUCGAUCCAAUCUGGCAUCAACUCAGCACGACGACCAAGCAACUGUUCUCGGAUCUGAAAACACUGCGGUCUCUCGUUAUGUCCUUGACGUACCAAGACUCGGUUUCAUUUUACUGCAUGCUAAAUAGUUUACGUACUAUGGAGUACGCCGUGAAGGCAAGCGGUUGGAUAAUGUUGGACGAGGCCGAGAAUUUAUUUAAAUACGCCAAGAGCAGAGUUUACACGGACAAGAGUGAAUUGAAGCCAGAACCGAAUCCAAAGUGGAUAGCUCUGUCGGAGGUACUGAACGAGAUCCAGGAACAGAAGCGUAAGAAGGACGACGAUAGCAUCGACAAAGUUUUUAUCCUAGUGCAGGAUAACAAUGUGUGCCACCAGUUAAAGAAUUAUUUAACCAUGGGUGCGAACGAAUACCUGCUUUACCACUCGCUGAAGAAACUGUCGCAUAUUGAACUACAAAAAACAAGUGGCAAGUGCGAAAAGAAAGCGGACGAUCAGCAGUCUACGUCUGAAAAUAUGUCGGAAAAUACGGAAAAUACGGAUGAGGAUUUACAGGGAGAUCAGGAUACUUACAUACUCACAUUGUCGCAAAAAUCUACAGAGGAUACUGAACCGAGUACUUCUAAGGGAGAUGUGAAACAUCAGACUUUGUUCGAGGAAUGCUCACAACUUGCGGAAUUGGAUGUAACCAGUUGCGCGAAAUCCGCACCUGUCGUGAUCAUACAAGCUAUCAAGAAGGGAGGUGAUCCGAUGGCUGUACAACGUACGUUAACCGAGCACAUGCCGAAUAAUGUUAUUUUGUACGCAGCCGAUAUCGGUACAGUGAGACAAUUGGAGGUGUACCAGAAUAACCAUCCGUCAAUUGGUCUGAAAGUAUAUUUCCUCAUUUACGGUGGAUCCGUCGAGGAACAGGAAUACCUCACUUCCUUACGACGGGAAAAGGAGGCGUUUCAUUCGUUGAUUAAUACAAAAACUACGAUGGUCGUGCCCGAGGAACAAGACGGAAAAUCGGAAGAUUGUUUGGCUCUCAUGAUUCACUCGGACAGUGCAGCUGCGGAGGAGAAUACGCGUAAGGGUGGAAUGCAAUCCGAAGCCAAAGUAAUCCCAAAAGUUAUCGUCGAUAUGAGGGAAUUCAGAAGCGAGUUGCCUGCUAUUCUAUACACACGUGGAAUAAAAAUUGAACCAGUAACGUUAGUGGUGGGCGAUUAUAUCCUUACGCCGGAGAUAUGCGUCGAGAGAAAAAGUAUAUCUGAUCUAAUUGGUUCUUUGCUCUCUGGAAGAUUGUACAAUCAGGCAGUUGCUAUGACUAGACAUUACGCUAAACCUAUGCUGCUCAUAGAAUUCGAUCAAAAUAAACCAUUCUGCUUUCAGGGAAAUUACUACGGUAGCAGAGACUUUCAAAAUUCAACCAUAACAACGAAACUACAAUUAUUAACGCUUCAUUUUCCUAAAUUGAAAAUAAUAUGGUCCCCUAGUCCACACGCGACAGCACAAUUGUUUGAGGAACUGAAGCAAGGACGAGAUCAGCCAGAUGCAAAUGUAGCUGCUAAAAUUGGAGCAGAUGAAAAUACGGAAGACAAACAAAUAAUGAUGGAAAAAUAUAACUCGCGCAUCCAAGAUUUCGUAGCUAAAUUGCCGGGUGUGCAUUCGAAAAAUCUACGUGUUCUGUUGAAUAAAGGACAAUCAUUAAGCCAUCUUAUUAGGCUGACGAAAGAAGAACUAAAAGAGAUACUUGGAAAUGCAAAUGACGCUGAAAUGUUACAUAAAGCUUUGCACGAAAAAUGUUUAUCAACGGAUGAAAAAUCAUCGACCAAAGUUUCCAAAGUACGUGGAAAAAACCUUUUCACUAGAGUAAAAAAAGCAAAAACGUAAGUGAUGAAUUAGAAACAAAUGAAUUUGUUAAUGAAAAUUUUUGCAAGUAGUGUUUACACGUUAUUGUGUCAGCGAGAAUCUUAUACUCUCAAUUUAAUAAAUAAAAUUCUGUAAAUAAAAUA